UCUCUUCCUCAGUCUCUCUGCUUUGCUUAUUCCCAAUAUUUCAUGCGGUUUUUUCCGAUUCCACUAUCCUCACAUGUGAGAGGAUUGAUUCGACGAGCACCCUCUUCGCGAUUCUACGUGGUUUCUGCACUCGCCCGGAAGGAGAACCUUGCAAUCUCACACUCGGAGCAAGUGAAAGAAGGUAACUUUGAUCGUAAUGUGUUGGAGUUGAAUGAAAUUGGGGUUCUUCGGGUUUUAAAUACUAUGAAGGAUGAUCCUUAUCUUGCUUUGUCGUUUCUGAAACGAAUUGAAGGAAACGGGGCUUUGCCUAGUCUCCAAGCUUAUGCAGCUGUGAUCAGAAUUGUUUGUGGUUGUGGUUUGGAACAGAAGUUGGAUCCUUUUUUUGUGGGAUUCAUCAGAAAAGGAGAUGAGGGGCGAGGUUUCACUGUCAUGGAUUUGUUUAAGGCCAUUGGAGAAUUGGGAGUGUCGUUGGUGUUGUUGACCCGGCUCUCCACUGCAUUGGUUAAAGCCUAUUCUAAUCUUCAAAUGUUUGACGAAGCUAUUGAUUUUUUCUGGGAAAUAGAGCGGCUGGGGUUGGAUGCGGAUGCGCAUACUUAUGUGCUUGUGGUGCAAGCUUUGUGUAGGAAUGAUGAUACACAAGGAGUAGAGAAGGUUCUUAGUAGACUGUUCAACUCAGAGACUAGGAAUCCUUGCGUGUUUUAUAUGAAUUUCAUUGAGGGACUAUGCUUCAAUCAGAUGGCAGGUAUAGCUAAUCUACUUCUCCAACCAUUGAGAGAUGCAAAUGUUUUGGUGGAAAAGAGUGCACUUGGACUUGCAUAUCGCAAAGUGGUUCGUGGUUUAUGUAAUGAGAUGAAAAUAGAAGAGGCUGAAAGGGCAGUUCUUGAGAUGGAGGAACUUGGGAUUGAUCCGGAUGUCUAUGUUUACUCUGCGAUAAUUGAGGUACAUCGCAGGAAUAUGAAUAUACCUAAAGCUUUGGAUAUUUUUAAGAGAAUGGUGCAGAAAAGAAUAAGAAUAAAUUGUGUGAUUGUAAGCUCAAUCCUUCAGUGCUAUUGUCAGAUGGGAGAAUUCUCUGAAGCUUGUGAUCUAUUUAAAGAGUUUAGAGAGAUGAACAUUCCUCUUGAUAGGGUUUGCUACAAUGUUGCAUUUGAUGCUUUGGGAAAGCUAGGCAAAGUAGACGAAGCUAUUGAGUUGUUCCGAGAAAUGACGGAUAAAGGAAUAGCUCCUGACGUCAUCAACUACACGACGUUGAUACGUGGUUGCUGUCUACAAGGUAAAUGUUCUGAUGCCUUUGAUUUGAUGAUUGAAAUGGACGGAACAGGUAAAACACCUGAUACUGUUAUAUAUAAUGUACUUGCUGGUGGAUUGGCUAGGAAUGGUCUUGCAAUAGAGGCACUCGAAACUCUGAAACUGAUGGAAGCUCGGGGGGUAAAACCCACUUAUGUUACACACAACAUGGUCAUUGAAGGCCUGAUUGUUGCAGGUAAAAUGGACGAGGCUGAAGCGUUCUAUGAGAGUUUGGAACACAAAUCUCAGGAAAAUGAUGCAAGUAUGGUGAAAGGUUAUUGUGAAGCUGGCUAUCUUGAUCAGGCCUUUGAAAGAUUCAUUAGACUGGAAUUUCCUCUGCCCAAGAGUGUGUAUUUUACUCUAUUCAAUAGUCUCUGCGCCGAGAAGGAUUAUAUCAGCAAAGCUCAAGACUUACUGUAUAGAAUGUGGGAACUUGGAGUCGAACCUGAGAAGAGCAUGUAUGGAAAGUUAAUUGGUGCUUGGUGUCGAGUUAAUAAUGUGAGAAAAGCCCAUCAGUUUUUUGAAAUUUUGGUCACUAAAGAGAUUAUCCCUGAUUUGUUCACUUACACUAACAUGAUUAACACCUAUUGCCGGUUAAACAAGAUGAAGCAAGCCUAUGCUCUUUUUCAAGACAUGAAGAGGAGAGAUGUCAAACCUGACGUGGUAACAUACACAGUUUUACUCAAUAGCAUUCCAGAGUUGGAUAUGAAGAGGGAAAUGGCAGCCUUUGAUGUUAAACCAGACGUUGUCCACUACACAGUAAAGAUUAACAGAUAUUGCCAGUUAAACGACCUGAAGAAAGCCAAAACUCUUUUCAAAGAGAUGAAGAUGAGAGAAAUCGUACCUGAUGUGGUAACAUACACAGUUUUGCUCAGUAAUGAUCCAGAAAUAGAUCUUACAAGGGAAAUGAAAGCCUUUGAUGUUAAACCAGACGUUUUCUACUACACGGUUUUGAUUGAUUGGCAGUGCAAGCAUGGUGAUAUUAGAGAGGCAAAAAGAAUCUUUGAUGAAAUGAUCAAAAGUGGGGUGGAUCUUGAUGCUGCGCCUUACACAGCACUAAUAGCUGGUUGUUGCAAGAUGGGAAAUGUUAAAGAGGCGAAAAUGAUCUUUGAUCUAAUGAGUAAAAGGGGUUUAAAGCCUGAUGUUGUGUCUUACACAACGCUAAUCGCUGGUUUUCGUAGGAAUGGGUGUGUAAGUAAGGCGGUCAUGCUUAUGAAAGAGGGGAUUAAGCCGACUGAAGCUUCCCUGUAUGCAGCACACUAAGCUAAAUCAAAGGCCAAGAGACUCCAACGAUGAUGAAGAACCUAUAUUUAAAUGGCCAGGUGAGGGUGUGGAAGCACAGUUAUAGGUCUUGAGAACAAAGUUUUUUGUCAGUUGACAAGAAAUUUGGGAUCUGCGUCGGUGUAUAUGAUGAUGUGAGCUCACUAUUAUCCUCAGUGAUACUAAGUAUCUUCAGGGGUUCAGGUUUUGAGAACGAAACUGGUAGAUUGAGGGAUGGAAAAAGACAAAGGCGGGACAAAGCUUGUCUUAUGGAGCUUGAGAACAUAGGAACCGUAAAGGAACGCAGGUAAAGAACAAUGACCUGAUUGUGGCAAUAACGUCAACAAGAAUGGUCAGUAUUCCUAAGCUUUGAAACAGGGGAUUUUCACUGCUCUUUCUGUACUCUGCAAUUUCGUACUUAUGGCGUCAUCUUGACACAGGAAGUAAUCUCCAGAACGAGAAUAUAAACUAACACGAAGACCUUUUGACUGUAUUUUUCUGUCAUGCAUAAAAUGUAAAGUGUUAUUUAAGUAGCUAGCCUUGUAUAUGUGUUUUUAAAGUAGCUAAACUGUAAACUGUAGAAGAUCUUCGACGAUGCAUAUUCAUGAAUCUUUGUAUUUAAUAAAAUCCCGCUUUCAUGCA